UAAAACUGAAGGGCGUGGUUUGGCGACCCGCGAUUGGGUUUAGCACAAUCUCAGCCUCUUUCUUCUAUUUCGAAGGGUUUGCGACUUCGGUUCUCUAAUCGAAAACCUAAAAUUCAUCGCCUCCCUGCGUUACUGUUUUAAAUGUCGGAAGAGUUGGAGUACCGUUGUUUUAUAGGUGGCCUUUCAUGGUCAACCUCAGAUAGGGGUCUGAAGGAUGCAUUUGAAAAGUUUGGCCAUCUUCUUGAAGCAAAGGUGGUACUUGACAAGUUUUCUGGUCGAUCUCGUGGAUUUGGAUUCGUCACUUUUGAUGAAAAGAAAGCAAUGGAUGAGGCCAUUGAAGCAAUGAAUGGAGUGGAUUUAGAUGGGCGUUCUAUUACUGUUGAUAGGGCCCAGCCUCAACAAGGUUCAGGUAGAGAUCAUGAUGGCGGACGUGAUCGUGAUGGCGGACGUGAUCGUGAUCGAGAUCAUGGACGUGAUCGUGGACGUGAUUAUGGAGGGGGACGUGGAUCUAGUGGCGGAGAGUGCUUUAAGUGUGGCAAGCCUGGGCAUUUUGCUAGGGAGUGCCCUAGUGAAGGGGCAAGAGGUGGCGGCAGGUAUGGUGGAAGGGAUGAUAGGCAUGGCGGCGGUGGGGGUCGCUAUGGCCCAGAUCGAAAUGGAGAUCGCUCUGGCGGGCGCAGCAGGGAUUCUGGUGGUCAUGGAGGUUCGGGAAGUGAUCGAUAUCGUGACCGCUCUGGACCAUACGAGCGUCGAGGCUCUGGAGGCUUUCGUUCUUGAUAGGACAUGUUCUGAUUGUGCUUCAGAAUUGAAGGUCCUGUGGCUAUCAUUUGCGAUGCACUGCAGUUUAUUAUUAGAGGGUUUGAAAUUUUCAUAAUCGACAGUUGGAUCUAAGUAGUUGUUCGUCUUUUCAUGUGCAAAACUUGGCACAAUUGUUGAACUCUGUUCUGUGUCCAUAAAAUGCCGACUUCAGUGUUUUGGUGCGAGGAGUCUGAUACUUGCUUGACACGCUCAUUCGAAUUUGGUCUUGUGCUCUAUGAAUGCCAUGAUUGCUGCUGGGUUUCUUCUGAGUAAUAUGCGUGGUCCAUUGUCAGGUUUUUCAUUGACCUUUUUUGCAUAUACAAAUAGCCACUGUGGAUUGUGUUUUGGUGGCUGGAUGAGAAUCA